AUGUAUUAUAAUUUCACUCUCUCUCAUAUAUUAAUUGUAAUAUUUUUAUUAGAACAUGUAUACGCAAAAUCCGAUUUCCUGUAUGGAAGUGGUGUAAAAGCAGGUUUCAAUUUUGCAGCUUUAGGUUUAAUUGCUGCAAUUAUAGUUGGAACACCUUGUUUUUUUAUUAUAAAUAAAAUAUUAAAGAAUUAUGAAAAAAAUAGAAUAGAAGAACAAGAAUUAAGAGAAAUUCAAAAGAAGAUUAUGAAUAGAAAGAAUAAUGAAGAACUAACUACAACUGAUACAUAUGGAACAUCCAAGUUGCUAAAAGAAUGUAUAGAUCGAACUACAAUUAUUCAAAUUUUAAAUAAUGGACAACCAUUAAGUCAAUCACAACAGAGUCAACCGAUCUCUCAAUCGGAUUCCUCGAGUUCUCUAGCUAUUUCAACACUGACUGGAGCAUUCAGUCCACCACCACAACCACAACCCAGAACAACUUCUUGUACAUUUUCAAAGGUAUCUUCCUCUGAAUCAAUCUCAGAGAUGUACCACAAUAAUAAUAAUAACCACGACGAUUCAGAGUGUAGUUCUCUCUCCUCCAGCACUGCAAUUACCAUAACAAACACUGGUGGUUCAAACGAUACACAGGAAAUCAUCAACAAGCUGAUGACUCCACCAUCGCCAGUGUUAGCAACCUUUGGAAAACAGACUGGUGAAUUCAAUUUCAACGGUGGUUUAAUCUCACCUAUAAACAAGACAAAGCUGAGUAUCAACAUACCGCAAAUGUCACCUGUAAUUAAGAGAACGAUUGCAUUGGAUCCACCAACACCAUCACCACCACCAAGUGCUCGUCCUAAAAAAUUUAAGAAUUUCACAAAAUGCAGCACUGCUCAAUCUACUGAGUAG